GAAGGCUCUGCCUCCGUUCUUGUAGCUGAACCUUUAGAUUAUGAAACAACCAGGACUUUUAUCCUGAAGAUCCGAGCUCAGACCGUUGCUGCUGUGCCAUUGGCUGCCUUCACUACGGUGUACAUUAACAUUACAGAUGUGAAUGACAAUAUGCCAUUCUUUACGUCGUCCAUAUAUGAGGCCACCGUUACAGAAGGCCUUGAAUUGGGAACAUUUGUGCUCCAGGUGUCUGCAUCUGACCAAGAUCUCGGACUGAAUGGAGAGAUCACCUAUUCUAUUUUAGAAGAUCGCAGCGGAGACCAUGCUCUGUUCCACAUCGAUCCCCAGACAGGAGUCAUUUACACAGCUGCCGUGUUUGACCGGGAGACCAAGGGCUCGUAUCUCCUAGAAGUUAUGUCGUCAGAUGGAUCAGAGUCUGCUCGACCUGGAAAACAUGGGCAACCCAAUUCUGGUGAGGAUAAUAUGGGGUUUAUUUUGGCACAGUGGCCUUACUGCUCAACCGAAAUGCAGCAUACAUCCCAAGAACUAUUACUAAAUAGUUUCCCACAACCCUCCCCAUCCCAAGGUCCUGCCGAGAUACCCAUAGCCCUCCCUACCCCAAGGUCUGAUCCUGCUAAGUUGCCCACAAACCACCCCAAUGUAUGUUCACAAAGCAGUGUCCAUAGCCCAUAA